UCUGACUCUGUUGGCUGACCAGUUGACUUUGUUCACAAACCAUGCGUGCUGCUGUGUUUGUUCUUGCACUCCUUGGCCUUGCUGCCUUGGCUGCUGCCACGUACACCCCGUCCGAGCAUGACGUUCGCGCCGCGUUGAAGAAUGAGUUGUCGGACAAGAUCGCCUCCGCCAUGGCUGCCACUCCCGAGCACUCUGUCACCUCGCGGGCGCAGUCCGACUGCGACAAGCACUCGUCGUCGUGCUCUUGCGGUGCCGAGGCUGGAUGUGUUUGGGUCAUUGGGCUCGACACUCGCGAUUCUGAGAACCCCAAGGCUGGCGGGAUGUGCGUCGAGGGCAACCAUGCCACCGGCAAGAAGCUCAUCACGCCGGGCAUCACUCAGAUCUUUGACUGCUGGUGGCCGGCUACUGACCGCCACACCUGCUCCGAGACCUGCACCUACCGCCUGGCCAUCUCGUUCUCAUCGUUCUACGUCCGCGCCGAGCUCGACAUGGCGCCCACCUUUGCCUCGGGCUCGUCGCAGGCCGCCGCCAACGCCUUUGAUGGUAUCCAGUUCAGGGCCUUCCUGUUCUACUCCUCUGGUGGCUUUGGCAUGCCGGCCACUCUGCCGUUCUUCACCGGCUCGGCGUACAUGAUUGCCAACGCCGGUACUUCGAUCUCCAAUGCCAACAACAAUGGCAUGCCCGGCUACCGUGGCGCGGCCUUCUUUGUCCUCCUCGACUCGGUCUUCAAGUACAAGACGUCGGAGCAUCCUAACGGGUACGUGGCCGGCACCGGCACUGCCCCGACCUUUACCGCCGUCUCGAACGUCGGCUUCUCUUCCUCGACUGUGACCACCACCGGCGCCGCCAACACAUCGGUCACCAUCAACAAGUGGGAGCUGACUUCAAACGUCGACGGCGGCACGCUCAAGUACAUCUGCUACUUUGGUGCCGAGGAGUGGGACGCCCCGUCCAACAACAAGCGCUACCAGCCGUACGAUGCCAAGUGCGAUCUCACCUCGUCUGGCAUCACCCUUGCCGCCGGCGAGGCUCUCGGCGUCCGCAUGGUCGUUGCCUCGGCCACCGCCGCCGGCACUGCCAACUCGGCCUCGGAGACUCUGACCGUUGGUGCCGGCUCCAUCGGCUUUGCGCCCAAGGCCAAGACCGCCGCUGGCGCCGAAUUCGACGUCGCUGUCUCGGCGCCUUCCGACUGCGGCGAGAUCACCUCUGCCUGGCGCUCCGAGCCCGACUUCCUCAACACCCUCUCCGAGAACGUCGGCACCGCCAAGUACGUCUGCACCUACGCCUCAUUCCAGACCUCGGAGACCUCGUGGUCGUGGGACCCCGAGUCGAAGAUCGACCGCUCGCAAGCUGAUGCCAACAUCAACGCUCAGUCGUCUGCCACCCUUGGCCUCGCCGCGCAGCCGCUCCUCGUCGCUGCCGUCGCCUUUGUUGCCUCGCUUCUCGUUCUCUUUGCGUAGACACUUCCCCCUCUCCCCCUCCCCGCACACACAUAAUUCUACGUGAUUUUCCA